GUGAGGAUUGAACUGAGGAGAUCUGGAAGUUUGGACACUUUAUCUUUUUCCUCGGCUCCUCCUCCCUGCAGCGCCUUCCAGCAGCCGACUGUUAAACAACAAGCAAAACCCAUAUCUCCUGUGUAAUGAAUGUACCUAGAGGAGCAGCCUUUGUCUGGUUAAAAGGAUGGUGAAGUUUUCAGCUUAUUCUUUGAUGAUAUCGUCAUUUACACCUUUUCAUUCUAUUAUCCUGAAAACCCCCCGCAGAUUUUCUAGAAAUAUACCUUUCAACCAUUCAACUAAAUCAAGGGUCGCUUCUUAUUACCAAAACGUUGAAUUACAUACAGAAGACAUGAUGGGUGCUAGUCGCUAUCUUCCUCCUCUAUUUAGCGUAGCUCCCAUGAUGGAAUGGACUGAUAAUCACUAUAGGACUCUUGCGCGCCUUAUCUCCAAACAUGCGUGGCUUUACACAGAGAUGCUUGCUGCUGAAACUAUUGUUUAUCAACAAGGGAAUCUGGACAAGUUCUUGGGAUAUUCUCCUGAACAGCAUCCUGUUGUCCUUCAAAUUGGUGGGAGUAAAUUAGAAAACUUGGCAAAAGCCACUGAACUUGCUAAUGCAUACAACUAUGAUGAGAUUAAUUUCAAUUGUGGGUGUCCUAGCCCAAAAGUUGCAGGGCAUGGGUGCUUUGGUGUUCGUCUUAUGCUUGAUCCAAAGUUUGUUGGAGAAGCCAUGUCAGUCAUUGCUGCCAAUACAAAUGUUCCUGUCAGUGUUAAAUGUCGGAUUGGUGUUGAUGAUCAUGAUUCAUAUAAUGAGCUCUGUGAUUUUAUCUACAAGGUUUCUUCCCUAUCACCAACUAGGCAUUUCAUCAUACAUUCGCGGAAGGCUCUACUAAAUGGCAUUAGCCCGGCUGAUAACCGAAGAAUUCCCCCACUAAAAUAUGAGUUCUAUUAUGCACUCUUGCGUGACUUUCCGGACUUGACGUUUACCAUAAAUGGAGGCAUUAAUUCUGUUGUUGAGGCAAAUGCAGCUCUAAGAGAAGGAGCUCACGGUGUUAUGGUUGGACGAGCUGCAUAUCACUACCCCUGGCAAACUCUGGGACAUGUUGAUACUGCAAUAUAUGGUGCACCAAGUAGUGGUAUUACACGCCGCGAGAUCCUUCAACGAUAUCAAGAAUAUGGAGACUCUGUUCUGGGAAAAGAUGGAAAUAAUAGACCUAAUAUCCGAGAAGUAGCGAAGCCUCUACUUAACCUUUUUUACUCGGAGCCUGGAAAUGGUCUGUGGAAGCGCAAAGCCGACUCCGCUUUCAUGCAUUGCAAGACAAUGAAAUCCUUCUUCGAGGAAACACUUGUGGCGAUACCUGAUUCAGUCUUGGAUGCACCUAUUGCUGGUGGAGUACCAUCUGGUCGUGAAGAUCUUUUUGCCAAUGUACAUGAUUUUUUGCCACCCCAAUAUCAGGCGAGAGAAGAGGAAGCAUUGUAUGCUUAGAUUUAUAAUGUCCUAAAUUCCUCAGUUCCAAUUCAUAUAAUCUCAAAUUACAAUUUUUGUAGAAUACGGCCUAAUUGGUUCCAUGUAUGUUGAAUUCUAAAUUAUAUAAAUGGUUAAUUCAAAAGAUUUUGUUGUCACUCUA